GUUUGGCUCUCAUUGUGCACUCAGUAUCGGCUGGACUUCUGUCCACUUCGUCAGCGAACCUCACCGCUGGUUCUUGUCUUCGUCUGACUGUCUGUCUGCCUUGACGUGUCUAUUUGCAAGGACAUUGCUUGGCGUCACUUGGAUUAACAUUUUUGUCUUUAACUUUCCUUUAUUUUACUCUUGAUUUCCCUUCAUCCUUUCAUUUGCAUUGUACAUAUUAUCCCCCUUUCCCUGUAUCCCAAUAUCUUUGGUGCAUUCCGUGAUUAAAGAAAAAAUUAUGAUCUGAGACAACCCGAGUAUCAAGAGAGUGAAAACGAAGCAGAUCGCUCGUUUUAUCAGUGUUCCAAGGAGAGCUGAAAAAGGACGCAGCCAGCAUGGAGACGAAGGCUGAGAACAGCACUGAGAACCGCCCUAGUGUAUACGCCAUCACUGCUGCGGUAGACAUACAAGAGCAGGACCACAGUAGCGGCCAAGACCUCAAUGAUGUUAGGAGAGACAUCAAUGACCCCAAACGACCUUAUAGUUCGUCGGAUGACCUCAGUGUACGGGAUAUUAGCAACCCGACCACGGACUGCGAGACGAUGGUGCACGUGCUGAAGGGCAACAUCGGCACCGGCCUCCUGGCGAUGCCCGAGGCCUUCAUGAACGCCGGCCUGUGGGUGGGCUUCUUCGGCAUACCCGUCAUGGGCGUCAUUUGCGUCCACUGCAUGCACGUCCUGCUCAAGUGUUCCAAGGAGCUUUGCCGGCGGGCCAAGGUAUCGGCUCUCAGCUACGAGGAGUCGGCUGAGAUGGCCUUCAAGCUCGGGCCAGGAAAGUGCCCCAAGUACGCCACGGCCGUGGGCUACAUCAUCACGACGUUCCUGCUCAUAACACAAAUUGGCUUCUGCUGCGUCUACUUCGUGUUCAUCCCGCAGAACAUCAUGCAGGCAUUAGAGUGCAUGGUUGGCGGCUCCGGCAUCUCUCAGCUGGGAUACAUGGCCAUAUUCAUUCUUCCCAUUCUUCUUAUCUGCUACAUCCCGCAUCUCAAGUACCUCGCCCCGGUGUCCCUGGUGGCGGGGGUGAUCCAGACGGCAGGCCUGAUCAUCUGCUUCUACUACAUGGUCCGCGACCUUCCCGAAAUCUCCGAGGAGAUCCCAGGCUGGGCCGGAUGGUCGAAGCUGCCGCUGUACUUCGGCUCCGCGAUCUACGCCUUCGAAGGCAUCGGGCUGGUCCUUCCCCUGGAGAACAAGAUGAGGACCCCCAAGUCCUUCCGGGGCUUCACUGGCGUCCUCAACACGGCCAUGAUGUGCGUCAUCAUCCUCUACGCUGCGAUGGGCUUCUUCGGUUACCUCCAGUACGGGAGCAAGGUUGAGGGAUCUAUCACCCUGAAUCUGCCGCCGAACGAAGGCCUGGCUCAGUCGGUGAAGAUCCUGAUGGCGGUCGCCGUAUACCUGACGUACCCCCUGCAGAUGUACGUGCCCUUCGAGCUCCUGACGCCCUCGCUCAGGAACCGUUUCGACAGCCCCAGAAACAAGUUCCUGGCGGAGUAUGCCUUGAGGACAUGUCUGGUGCUGCUCACUUUUGUCCUCGCCGCUGCGAUCCCCAACAUCGGCCUCUUCAUUUCGCUCGUGGGCGCCGUCAGCAGCUCCACUCUGGCCCUUAUCUUCCCGCCAGUCAUUGAGGUCGUGACCUUCUGGCCCGACAGAGGGCCCUACAACUGGCGCAUCAUCAAGUGCACACUUAUCGCUCUCUUCGGAAUCAUCGGCUUCAUCACUGGCACCAUCAGCAGUGUCCAAGCCAUCGUCGACUUCUUCGUCAAUGGGCAAGAGGGACCCGAUUUCAGCUGUUAACAUGGGUGGAGGCCUGAAGAGGAUAUUUUGUGAACACCGACCGCUGUUUUCUUUUUCUUUUCUUUUGUGUCUGAUGGACUGAGAGAGAGAGAGAGAGAGAAGAGAGAGAGAGAGAGAGAGAGAGAGAGAGAGAAGAGAGAGA